CUACCAAAAAGAUUCAAAAGCAAGAAAUUUUAGCAGAAUUCCCUCACAAUCCUUCAAUCUUCGAAUCAAAUUAAUAGCCUUAAAAUGCUUCUACUUCAGCUGUAACUUUCACGAAAGAAGUAUCCAUUAAACACAGCCAUUGCGUCUUUUUCUCCACUCUUUUUAUGAAAGAAACAUCUCUCUUUGCUCAGUUCCUUCAAAAAAUAGAAAGCUCAGUAGAGAAAAUCGUACAUAAAUUUCUCCUCAGAAUCCCCAAUCUUUCUUCUGCAGUAAAAGAAUUCAUAGUGGUAAGCUUUUAAGGAAGAUGGGUAGUGUUCAAGAGAAGGGUGGAAAGAAGCUCUUCUAUGGCUCACCUCACCCUCUCAUUAUAGAGCUAAAUAGAUUGGAGGACCAGCUUAGAGGCAAGGAAAGGGAGCUGGGAGAAGCCUACUCAGAGAUCAAGGCCUUGAAAGCAUCUGAAGAAUUAAAAGACAAGGCUGUUAUUGAGCUAAGCACCAAAAUAAAUAAAUUGGAAGAGAAGUUGAGUACAGCAGAGGAACAUAUUGAACAGAAGAAUCUUGAAGCAAAGAAGCUCAAUGAUGGAAGAAAAGAGGCGCUGGCUUCACAAUAUGCUGCUGAAGCAGCUUUGAGAAGAAUUCAUUCAUCAAAAGAGGAAGAGGAAUAUUUCCCAGUUGAAGCUAUUAUAUCACCACUUGAAUCUGACAUCAGGAAGUACAAAAAAGAGAUUUUGAAACUUGGAAAAGAUAAGAAGGCCUUGGAGCGCCUCACUAAGUCGAAAGAGGCAGCACUCCUUGAAGCACAGAAGAUAUUGCAGAUUGCUCUUGAAAGAGUUCUUAUAGUAGAGAAUGUGCAGAGUGAGAACUGUGACUUAAGGAGGCAAGUAGAGAUAUGCCAGGAUGAGAACAAAUUCCUUAACAAAAUUUAUCGCCAAAAGGUUCUUGAGGUGGAGAAGCUUGCACAAACUAUCCAUGAACUUGAAGAAUCUCUGCUAGCCAGUGGCAUGGCUGCUAACACCCUACGAGAGUACCGACACCAAAUUUCUGAUUUGAGUGAAGAGAAGAAGGUUCUUGAGAGAGAGCUAGCGAGAGCUAAGGUUUCAAUGAACCGCGUGGCAUCAACAGUGGCAAAUCAGUGGAAGGAUGACAAUGAGAAAGUUAUGCCUAUAAAGAACUGGCUUGAAGAAAGAAGGUUUUUUCAGGGGGAGAUCCAACGACUGCGGGAUAAGCUCUUAUUAUCAGAGAGAACAGCCAAAGCAGAAGCCCAAUUCAAUGAAAAAAUGAAACUCAGGCUAAGGACGCUGGAAGAAGGUUUGAGAUUUUCCUCUCAGCAUGGUGGCCCAACAAAGAAGACUUUAUUGAAUUCAAGCAAGUCCAAGUCUUCUAUUACUGCUUCUAUAAUGCAACAGGCUAAUUCUACAAUUGGAGAUACAGAUACUGUUGGAAACUUUGAUACAGAAAAUGGCAUGGAAACAAAAUAUAUUAUUGGAGAAAGUUCAGUAAGAAAGAAUUCAGAUCUGAAAUGCAAAAACUAUGACAGUGGAAAGCAGAAUUCUGAAGAAGAGGAAAUUCCCAGUAAGCAUAAAGUAGACAGCAAAAUUAGCGAUAAACAAAAUGCUUGUGAAGAGCUUGAAAACAGCUUUUUAAUUAAUGGUGAAAAAGAUAUGGUUUCUGGUUUUCUAUAUGAUAUACUGCAAAAAGAGGUCAUCAACUUGAGAAAAUCAUUAGCAGAAAGAGAUGGAUUAUUGAGUGCUAAAGAAGAAGAAAUCAAGGUGCUACAUAGAAAGGUUGCUGCACUGACUAAAUCAAUUGAAAGAAAGCUGCAGAAGGCAAGAAAGGAAGCAAUAAAUAGAGAGAAAGUACCAGAGUUGGUUAAAUCAAUGGAUGAGAAAUCAAAAUUUUAAUGUGAAUUUUCAAUUUUGAGCUAGAAAAAAAGCCGUCCUCAAUUUUAAUGCUGGCAAUAUUAUUUCAUUACAGAAAUGAGAAGAAUCUUGAAUAUGCAGCAAUUUCAAUUGAAUUGGUCCUAAGAUUCUGCUAUCAGUUCAUCUCUGUGAACUUCUAACUUGUAAAUAUGGAAUUUUGUGCAUGUAAAAAGUGUAAAUGCAGACCUGUAAGCUUGGAGAACGUUGUAUUUUCAUGCCUAUAUAUAGAUGUAUGGAAAUUUAUAUUCUUAAGAUGUGGAGAUAGGGUUCUCAUAAAUUUUGAUUGUAAAAUCAAAAUGUACUAUAUUUUAAAUUUCAU